AUUCAAGUCCUCAAACAAACAACCGCUACAGCGAUAAUAUUCUCGAGACUAGGAUGGGAUCUCUAUUCUCUUCCGUUGCCGCAGAGGACAGAGGGCGCUCAGAAGAAGAGCGGGAGUCCUCCGUCAUUCACGAUGCUCGCUGCGCCCUCCUCCACUACAAUUCCAAGAACCCGGGUGCCGAGUUCGAUCUUGUCAAACCUUUGAUGAACAUGGCCGUCAUAUUCAGAGGCGAGACAUGGCACCACGUCAGCUUUUGGGCUCGCAGGAGGGGCGCUCCGCCUGAGACCCCCGUGCGGCAAUUCUUCGGGGAGCUGCGCUACAUGUACAUCUGUGGCGAUGAUGACAAGUCCGUCGAAAUACAGGGCUGCCGAGUGGUUGUCGAGACAUGCACUAUCAUAAGAUAUCUACGUUCCAGACGCAGCCACCCACCCGCAAGAAAAAGAAACCUCGCAGGAGUGUGUGUGUACUUUGCCCUCGUAGCUUUGAGAUCAUUCAUCCCAAAAAUGGGAAGUUUGUGUGCGGAAAGGAAGGACACGAGAAGGAGUUUAUCCGGUUGAACAAUAUGCUUGAGAAGCCAUUCACAUGUACAGCCUAGCUAACCAUGAUCUUCAAUCCUUCCAAAGCACCUGUACUAACGUGUCCAUGUAUCAUCAGCAACCAAUUUUUUUUUUUACCGUGAUCACAUUCAAACUUUGUAAUUGUGUCCCUCCUUAAUGCUUCUAUUCAUACGCUAGUAAAUAUUCCAAUGAUAAAAGAACAUUUUGUUGGAAUUA